UGAUUUCAACUAGAAGAAGCGAAAUUGGGAUUUGGGAAUAGCAACGUUUUGAUGGUGUCUUUGUAGCUGGAAAUUGCAAAGACACACUGAGUGAGAGAGAGAGAGAGGGAGAGAGUGAGAGAAGAUGGAGGAGAAACGGCGCGAUUCUGCUGGAACCCUAGCUUCUGGUGGUAGCACUGGAGAUACUCCGUCAUCUGAGCCGAUGCCGGCGACACGGCGCCGUGGAGGAGGUUUGAAAAGGAAAGCGAAUGCUCUUGGGGGUUCUAAUUUCUCAUCCUCUACGCCGUCUAAGAGGAUGUUGACGCGUGAGAAGGCGAUGCUUGCGUCUUUUUCUCCGGUGCAUAAUGGGCCUUUAACUAGAGCUCGUCAGGCUCCGAGUAAUUUGCUUUCGGCGGCGGAUGGGGUUAAGUCGGAGCUUUUGAAUGUUGCGGUGGGUACGGAUGGAGAUAAGCCUAAGGAGGAGGAAGAGCUUAAUAAGGCGAUCCGUGAGUGGGAGGCUUUGGAGGCUAAGAUCGAAGCUGAUUUCGAUGCUAUUAGAUCUCGUGACACUAAUGUUCAUGUCGUGCCUAAUCAUUGCGGUUGGUUUUCAUGGGAAAAAAUUCACCCGCUUGAGGAGCGUUCAUUACCCUCUUUCUUUAAUGGCAAGUUGGAAGGUCGCACUUCUGAGGUAUAUAUGGAAAUACGGAAUUGGAUCAUGAGGAAGUUUCAUUCCAAUCCGAACAUACAAAUAGAACUAAAAGACUUAACAGAACUCGAGGUUGGAGACUCGGAGGCAAAGCAAGAGGUGAUGGAAUUCUUGGACUACUGGGGCUUAAUCAAUUUCCACCCAUUUCCACCAGCAGAUACUGGUUCUACGGCUCCUGAUCAUGAUGAUUUAGAGGAUAAGGAGUCACUGCUUAACAGUUUAUAUCGAUUUCAAGCUGAUGAGGCUUGCCCUCCUAUUGUCCACAAGCCUCGUCUUACAGCACAAGCUACACCAUCAGGGUUGUUUCCAGAUCCGAUUGCUGCUGAGGAAUUGCUGAAACAAGAGGGUCCAGCAGUCGAAUAUCACUGCAAUUCUUGUUCAGCUGAUUGCUCUCGCAAGCGCUACCACUGCCCGAAACAGGCAGAUUUUGACUUAUGUACGGAAUGCUUUAACAGUGGCAAGUUCAGCUCAGAUAUGUCAUCUUCUGAUUUCAUACUAAUGGAGCCUGCUGAGGCCCCUGGCGUUGGUAGUGGGAAGUGGACUGAUCAAGAGACUCUUCUUCUCCUUGAAGCUUUAGAAAUCUUCAAGGAAAAUUGGAAUGAGAUUGCAGAGCAUGUUGCUACAAAAACAAAAGCUCAAUGUAUGCUUCAUUUUCUUCAAAUGCCAAUUGAGGAUGCAUUUCUUGAUCAAAUUGACCACAAAGAUCCAAGCACAAAAGACACGACAGAUUUAGCUGUGUCUAAAGAUGAUAAAUCUGUUCCAAAAGAUACACCUGAAGAGGCAGAGAAUAAGACACGUGUUGAUGAAGAUGAGACUAUGAAGGAAGUUCCAGAACCAGAAGUGGACAAUGAAGGAAAAGUCUCUCAGGAAUCUUCCAAACCUGAAGAAGAAACUAAUGAAGUGGAAGCAGACCAGAAAACACCCAAACUAGAAACCGUCACUGAUGAAAGAUGUAAGGAUGAGACUGACGAAAACAUUGCUCUGAAAGCUCUUGCUGAAGCUUUUGAAGAUGUUGGUUAUUCCUCCACACCUGAAGCCUCGUUUUCCUUUGCUGAUUUAGGAAACCCUGUCAUGGGACUGGUAAGUUUUUUUUUUUUUUUUNGAUUGGCAGGAUCUGAUGUUGCUACUGCGUCAGCCCGGGCUUCCAUAAAAUCUCUUCAGAGUAAUUCGGGACUGUUGCUUGCUACAAGACAUUGUUACAUUCUAGAAGAUCCACCAGACAACAAGAAGGAAUCAACUGAAUCUAAAAGUGCGGAUGCAGAGGAUAAUGAUGAAAAUGUCCAUAAAGAUGAGCAACCAGAAAAAAAAAACCAGAAAGCAGAAGACGUCUCCUUGAAUCCAGAUGAUAGGGAAAUGCCGGAUACUGACACAGGUAAAGAAAAUCAGAAUUCAGUCUCUGAAGAAAAGCAACCUGGCUCUCGAACUGAAAAUUCUACUACAAAACCAGAUGCCGUACAAGAAAAAAGAUCAAGUAAGCCAGUCACAACUGACACUUCAGAGAAACCAGCGGAUGUUAUGUGUCAAUCGCAGGACAAAUGUUCAGGGAAGGAGCUUCAAGAACCUUUGAAGGAUGGGAAUAAGCUUUGUAGUGAAAAUAAAGACGCCUCUCAAGCAACUGUCUCCCAGUCAGCGGCAGAUGAUGCUUCUCAGCCAGAAGCAUCAAAAGAUGUGGAGAUGAAAGAUACACUACAGUCAGAGAAGGAUCCUCAAGAUGUGGUCCAAACAGUAGGAGAGGAGGUUCAACAGGCUAUGGAGGAGGGUGCAAAGGAUGUUCUUAGUCCUCCAGACACGUCUGUUGUUCAGCAGCCCAUUGGAUCAGCUUCUGCAACGGAAAAUGGAACAGCUGGUGAAAGUCCAAAGAAAGAAGGAAAGAAAGAGAAGGAUGUUUGUGAAGGGACAAAAGACAAACAUAACAUCGAGAAGCUUAAGCGCGCAGCUAUCUCCGCUAUCUCAGCCGCAGCAGUAAAGGCAAAGAAUCUUGCAAAGCAAGAAGAAGAUCAUAUCAGACAACUUUCGGGAUCAUUGAUAGAGAAGCAGUUACAUAAACUAGAAGCAAAGCUAUCUAUCUUCAAUGAAGCUGAAAGCUUGACAAUGAGGGUAAGAGAGCAAUUAGAAAGGUCAAGGCAACGGCUAUAUCAUGAAAGGGCUCAGAUCAUAGCAGCUCGACUAGGUGUCCCACCUUCAAUGUCCUCAAAAGCAUCGUUACCAACAAACAGAAUCGCUGCAAAUUUUGCUAAUGUAGGUCCAAGGCCUCCCUUGGGCAUGUCAUUUCCCCGCCCACCAAUGCCAAGGCCCCCUCCAGGUUUCACUAUUCCUGGUUCUUUUGUAGCUGGUACAACAAUGGCCGGAAGCUCAGACCCAACUCCAGGUUCAGACAAUGUUUCUUCGGUUUAGUGGUCCUACAUCAUAGUGUUCAGAUUUGCGGGUAGCUCUUCUUGAUGUUCUGUUUCUAAGCCAAGGUACAUUAUCCCACCUUUUGCGGCUUCAACCUUUGAGCUUGGUUUAUUUUCUGGAGAUUUGUCGGACGUAUGUAGGAGACGGUGAUAUUAGUUAGGGGUUUUAGACCCAUCAAUUAAUGUUUAAUGUAACUGUCAAAUGAAGCUUUCGGAGAUAUGUGAAUGUGUUUAUGGUUACUUUGAACUUUAAUGAAUUGUAACGUUGAACAGAGAUAUAUGAUUCCGCAAAAGGUCGUGGGAAUGUUUUCUACGGAUUAUGGUUA